AUGGCCAAGACCGACGCCCCUGGUGUCUUCGAAAAUGAGUUUGCCAAACCGACAGCAGAGGAGUAUAUCGAGGAGGUUGCUCUCGCUCGUUUGACCGAGGAAGACCUAUGGAAACUCUCGCAGGAAUCUCUCACGGUUUGGUCGUGGACAGGAUUUCGUCUCGGCUUGAUCAUGUUUGUCCAUGGCUGCAAUCAGGCAGGCUUCGGCGUCGACUGGGGGGUUAUUGGGGGCAUAAACUCACUUGAUGCGUGGCAUAGCUACCUGGGGUUCGGUACAAGCGGCGGCACGUACGGCCUCAUCAAUGCUCUCAUGAGUAUCGGAACAGUCUGCGGAGCCCCAUUCAUGGGACUGGCUGAUGUGAUCGGCCGGCGAGGCAUCAACUUCCUGGGGAACGCGAUUGUGAUCUUUGCGGCGGUGAUCCAGGGGUGUGCAAUUAAUCUGCAAAUGUUCAUGGCCGGCCGCUUUUUUAUGGGGUUCGGCACCGCUCUCAUGUCCAGCUCGCAGUACAUCGGAGAGAUCUCGCCAAUUCACCUUCGAGGACGCAUGGUGGGGUUUUUCGGGGCCUGCUUCCAGGUUGGCAGUCUUGCUAUGCUUGGUGCGAUGGUCGGCCUCUCCAAUUUACCGGGGAAUAAGUCAUGGCGCAUUCCCCUGAUUUUGGAGGCCAUUUUUCCGGCGAUUGUAUGCUUGACAAUUUACAUUUUGACACCAGAAUCCCCUCGGUACUAUGUCAUGAGAGGCAACAGACAAAUGGCCAAGGAGGUCGUCGCCAAAUACCAUACGACCAGCACGGAUAUUAACGAGCCCAUCGUGGAUAUUGUCGUGACACAGAUGGAGGAGUCUCUUGAGAAUGAUCGACACAGCUACAGGUCCUUCUGGGAUUAUCGCGUGUUCUUCACGAAGGUCGCUCGCUAUCGACUGCUGGUAUUGGUCCUGUAUUCGAUAUUCCAGCAGUGGAACGGUGGAAGUAUCAUCACCUAUUACAUGGUUCCCGCCCUAGAGACAGUCGGAAUCGAUGGGACAAAGCAACAGUUGGGUAUUACGAUCGGCACAACGGCUGUGUAUUUUGUGUUUACGGCUGUUGGGUCCCUUCUGGUCGAUAAAUUCCGCAGAAGAACUUUGAUCUUCUCGGGAUUGAUCACCAUGGUUAUCUUCCAGACUGCAACAACGAUUACUUCGUGGCAGUACAACUUGAACUCCAGCCAUGCUGCAGCCGCACUGACACUACUGUGGAUCUUCCUUUACCAGACAUUCUCUGCGACCCUCAUUGCGACGAUGCAUAAUCUUUACCCCGUGGAAAUCCUGUCUUUGCCAUUACGCGCCAAAGGAAUGGGCUUGUACAGUCUCAUUCAAGGCGGAGCCAGUGCAGUUCAGACCUACGGGAUCAGUGUGGGAAUAUCCAAAAUCGGUUAUAAGAUUUGGGUGGUCUAUAUUGUGUAUAACACUGUUCAGUUGAUAUUGUCUUACUUUGUUUUCCCAGAAACCGGGGGUCUGAGUCUGGAGGAAAUCGAUGCGGUCUUUGAGACACCUGGUGUUGCACCGGUGAAAAUGUCGCUGGAUAUUCAAAAAGCAAAGAAGGAACGAGUUGCUGCUGCGCGGGAUGAGGAAGCCCGGUCGUGA